AUGUCGUCGACGACAUCGUCGGUGAGAUCAGCUAAUCGGACACGCUCGUUGUGCCAUCAUCUCCACCAUCAACCGUUGCUCAUUUCUGGAUCGUCUCCGUCUGCUGGCUCACCACCGAUCGGCGGUUCAAUGGAUGAAGGAACUCCACCGUCGACGUCAUCGUCGGCGACUGCUCGAGCUCUCGACAUGUUCAAUCGGAGAGGUUCAGUGCUUGCUGUCGUCAUUGCAGGAAACACGGCUGCCGAUGUGCUUCCACCGAGUGCGGGGGUCCCUAACACUUCAACGGUAUCCUCUUCCAGUGGAGUCAUCAGUGCCGAUCAGCCAUCAUCAACCAACUCGGACAACGAUACGGAGUCAUUCAACGAAUGGCGUCCUCCGUUUCCACGACUCACAGCAUAUCAAGACUGUCUGUCUCUCGCCGCCGCAUGGGGACUUGGUAUGCAUCCAAACGGGCUUGAUGACAAACCGACGGGAGCUAGUCAAGCCCAAUCACCGAGUGAAGACGAUUCGGGUGAUGGAAAGUGCAACGAAUUGCUUGCAAGUUGCCCGGCAUUUAGGAAUGAAUUGGGUUGGGAGCCAACGAGACGGCUUGCACUUUCUCGUCAUACCUUCGACAUGGCACACACGGAUGCACAUGAAUGUGAGACGUGGAUGCGAGAGCAUUCUGCUUCGGAAGCCGGUAUUCUGGAAGAUGUAUCCAAUGUGUAUUUGGGAGGAAGACUGUGUGCUGCAAGGCAACCGAAAACUGUUAUCGAGCCUCAGGAUAUUGGAUCAUACUACUAUCGUCACUGUUUUAUUUCAAAAAAUCAUAUCGAAUACCUUGGAAUGGACGAUAUCCUUGGCCCCAUCAGUGUCUCAAUGGUCAGAGAAAUCGUCGACAGAAAAGAAUCCUACUCAAUAUACAGAAUGAUUGUUCGGAUAUCAGACCAAAAAACGAUACGUGUUGCGAUUCCUGAAGAAGCUCUUUCAACACCAGAAGGUACUGAUAGGGCGACUCGGCCGCUGAUGAGAGAACUUCUGGAAAUCGUUUGCCCAAAGAUCAGUUUCGGAACUCUGAGGCCGUCAAUUCAGUCCCCAAGAGUCGAGGAGUUGAUCAUGAAGAUUGAUGAGCAGCCGAUUUACACUCGAUAUAAAGUCGGUAUUAUGCUAUGUAAGAAUGGACAGAGCACCGAAGAACAAAUGUAUAACAACGAGGAAUCAACACCAUCUUUCGACGAGUUCCUAGACUUUCUUGGACAACGGGUGACUCUCAAAGGAUUCGAAGCGUACAAGGGCGGUCUAGACACUCGAGGAGACACUACAGGAACACAUUCUAUAUAUUCUGAAUAUCAGGCUCAUGAGAUUAUGUUCCACGUGUCAACACUCCUUCCGUUUACUCCUAGUAACAGACAACAACUAUCAAGGAAGCGACAUAUUGGAAAUGAUAUGGUCACCAUUGUUUUCCAAGAGCCAGGAGCUCUUCCAUUCUCUCCGAUUACUGUCAGGAGUCACUUUCAACACGUUUUCAUAAUUGUUCGAGUUCAUAAUGAGUGUUCUGAGAAUGUUACAUACAGUGUGGCAGUGAGUAGGUCGAAGGAUGUCCCACCAUUCGGACCGCCCGUUCCCAAAGGAGCUUGCUUCAGUAAAUGCGCAGAGUUCCAUGAUUGGUUGUUGACUAAAAUCAUCAAUGCUGAGAAUGCCGUCCAUCGAUCCAAAAAGUUUGCCACAAUGGCUGCAAGAACCCGCCGUGAAGCUCUCCGAGAUCUCGUUGAGAACUACGUUGGACCUCAUCAGAAUGAAGGAGCAAGUAAGAUUGCAAGUCGAUUCCUUGGAGGAAGUGUAAAACGUAAAGAGAGACACAAUCCAAAACCAACAAAUCAUGUGUUGCGUGGUGCACUCUCUUGGCUUGUAGAUGUGCAUGAUUACUCAACUAAUCAACGAGUUAGUUGUGUACUUGGAGUUGCUCAAGAUUGGAUUGUUCUACUGGAAAGACCUUCGGGAACUGUGCUAUUUAGUACACCUACUCAUUCGAUUAUUGGAUGGGCAAGCAGUGAUACAGGAUUGAAACUCUACUAUGACCAUGGAGAUCAACUACUCCUUCGAUGUUACUCUGAAACGUGCACUGAUUCCGAGCUCAAUGAGUUAAUUCGUCGUCUCGAGAAUGUCACAAAAGGAGAUGAAGCGAAAGAAGUUGUUCUAAGAAGGUUGAAAACAACAGACCAUUGGGGAUUCCAUGUCCAAGAUGAAGGUGUUGUAACUGAUGUAGAGAUGUAUCAACUCGCUUGGAAAGCUGGAAUUCGACAAGGAAGUAGAAUUGUUGAGAUGGAUGGAAUGUCGAUAAGUACCUUGUCUUUUGAUAAGAUAUGCGACCAGUUGGCUGUUUCGGAAUGUGUUCGUCUUCUUAUGAUUUCGCCGUCUUCUGAUGGUAGCCCUCGUCGUGGAUGUGAGGAUCCAAACUGUCCAGCUGUGAAGGGAAUCGAACAAAUGUUGACACCGGAUGCAUUUGCAAAACAACCAAUUACGUACCACGAGAUGUUCCGUCAGAAGAAGCUCGAGUACCCGACGAAUAGCGCUAGCAGCAGUCCGGCAUCAUCUUUCGACGAACGCACUUUCAGUUUCACCGCCAACAAAAAGAGUAUUGAGCAGCGAGCCAACAACAUACACAACAACCGUCCGAGCACUCUAUCGAGUGCCAGCGUCCAUGACAACAUGUGCACGUUGCUCAAUCCUCCGAAAUGUCUCAAUAGGGCUCAGUCUGACGAGCAGCUUCGGUCUCCACUCAUGGAUGAACUCAAUCGAAAAGCCCCCUUGUCUGCCAGAGAAUCCACGAAUGAGCGGGAAUCCAGUGAACUUGUUCGAAUCCAAACUCAUCUUGAGCGUACCGUUCAGGAGAAGCGUGCAUUGGAAAUGCUUGCUCAGCAGCUCAGAAAACAACUGAUUCAGGAACGUCAAUCUCAUGACAACACAAAACGAGAGAUGGAACGUCUGAAAAAGUUGUAUGAGAAGAAAUAA